CCCCCUGCGCGCGGGCCGGUGCGUGUCCCCCUGCGCGGGCCGGUGCGUGUCCCCCUGCGCAGCGCGGCCCCUCCCGUCCCCGUGCCCGUCCCUGUCCCCGCCCGGCCGGAGGCGGAGCCCCGCGCCGGGUUAAGAGUGGCCGCGGCCAGCGCGGCGUCCAGGUCACCCGCGCCAUGGACGAGCCACGCGCCGCCGCCCGCCUGCGCCUGGUGCUGGGCCACCUGGGCCGCCCCACGGCCGGCGCCAGCGCCGUCGCUCACCCCACCUCAGGGGUUGUGUAUCCGGCUACUUCUCAUCCUCAAAAAUUCCGGUACACCCAGGACAACGGCGUGCUGAGCCUGGAGCAGAGGAGGUUCUACGAGGAAAACGGCUUUCUUGUCAUCAAGAAGCUGGUGUCGGACGAGAACAUCGAGCGCUACAGGAAGGAGUUUGAGCGGAUCUGCAGGAAGGAGGUGCAGCCCCCGGGGCUGAUGGUCAUGAAGGACGUGAGCAUCGCCAAGGCGGUCAGGGACUCCAGUGAGCGCGUGGUGACCAAGGUGCAGGACUUCCAGGAGGACGAGGAGCUCUUCAGCUACUGCAGGCUGCCCGAGGUUCUGAAGUACGUGGAGUGUUUCACGGGCCCCAACAUCAUGGCCAUGCACACGAUGCUGAUCAACAAGCCCCCAGACACGGGCAAGAAGACGUCCCGGCACCCACUGCACCAGGACCUGCACUACUUCCCCUUCCGGCCCAGCGACAGCAUCGUGUGCGCCUGGACCGCGAUGGAGCACAUCGACCGCAACAAUGGCUGCCUGGUGGUGCUCCCCGGCACGCACAAGGGCACCCUGCAGCCCCACGGCUACCCGAAGUGGGAGGGGGGCGUGAACAUAAUGUUCCACGGCAUCCAGGACUACGAUGAGAACAACCAGCGGGUGCACCUAGUGAUGGAGAAGGGGGACACGGUCUUCUUCCACCCGCUGCUCAUCCACGGGUCUGGCCGGAACAAAACCCAGGGCUUCCGGAAGGCCAUCUCCUGCCACUAUGCCAGCGCCGACUGCCAGUACAUUGACGUGAAGGGCACCAGCCAGGAGAACAUCGAGAAGGAGAUCGUGGGCAUCGCGGACAAGAUGCUCGGCUUCGGGGGGACCCUCGACCUGAAGGACGUCUGGCAGUUCCGAGCGCGGCUUGUGAAGGGAGAAAGGAACAACCUUUGAAGGAGCCCUUCGCCGUGGCCCUCUCAGACCCCAGGAGACGGGGCUCUCUGAAGAUGGAUUCCCCACGAGACGGUGGGGAUCUGGCUCCUGCUGACAGAAUCAGGGUGUAGGUGCUGGGUCCGCGGGCUUGCGGGUGACUUUGCAGCUUAGUUCACGGUGCGUCUCGCAGAGGCAAAGGCAGUGCUUGCAGUGUUACGAGGGAGCAGCUUAGGUCACCACUAAUAAAGCCGGUGACGUGUCGCUAAA